CACCACAGAGUUUCCACUCAAACCAGAUAGAUCAACACUCAACACCUUCACAAGGAAACAAAACAACCACCAUCAACCAACCCUUUGAGCUUCCACCUCUCAUGGUAGCACUACUUUAUACUCUCUUCCUCUGAGUGUCUCACUACAGAGUUUCUGAUACCAUGGAGGCUCUCAAUGCUGCAGCUUUGACCCCUCUGUCUGUGCUUUCUGAUACAAAGACAACAAGAAAACAACCUCCAGUUUCUUCAUGCAAAGCUUCAAGCUUUUCCACCUUUACCGACAAGAAACCAACGUUGCUGCAAAGUUGCUUAUCAAAAAGUCUUCAUGGAGGAUUGUUUCUUGCAGCUUCAAUUAUGAGUGGUGAUGUUGCCUCAGCUUUGACGUACGAGGAGGCACUGGGGCAAACUUUGAGUCUCCCCGGUACUGGAGACUUUGAUGUGAACGGUUUUGUGGAGAGUGCUACUGGCUUUGCAACUGAGAACCCUGUAAUUGUUGCUGGGGGAGUGGCCAUUCUGGCACUGCCAUUGGUUUUGUCUCAGGUUUUUAAGAAGCCUAAGGCGUGGGGUGUUGAGUCUGCUAAGAAUGCAUAUGCAAAACUUGGGGCUGAUGAGAAUGCUCAGUUGCUUGAUAUCAGAGCUCUAGUGGAGAUUAGGCAAGUGGGGUUCCCAGAUGUUGGGGGUCUGAGGAAGAAGGCAGUGUCGAUUGCUUAUAAGGGUGAUGAUAAGCCAGGGUUCCUUAAGAAGCUUGCAUUGAAGUUUAAGGAACCACAGAAUACCACAUUGUUUAUUCUGGACAAAUUUGAUGGGAACUCUGAACUGGUUGCAGAGUUGGUUACUGUUAAUGGAUUUAAAGCUGCUUAUGCAAUUAAGGAUGGUGCAGAAGGACCGAGAGGAUGGAAGAGUAGUGGUCUUCCUUGGUUAGCACCAAAGAAGACAUUGAGUUUGGAUAAUCUCACGGAUGCUAUAUCUGAAGUAAUUGGAGAUUCAUCUGAUGGUGUUGCAGUUACUCUUGGGAUUGCUGCAGCAGCUGCUGGACUGAGCCUGUUAGCUUUUUCUGAGAUAGAAUCAAUUCUCCAAGUUGUAGGAUCAGCUGCACUUGUUCAAUUUGCAAGCAAGAAGCUUUUAUUUGCUGAGGACCGAAAGCAAACCGUGAAACAACUUGAUGAGUUCUUGAACACCAAAGUUGCCCCUAAAGAACUUGUUGAUGAAAUAAAGGACAUUGGAAAGGCUCUUCUGCCAGCCUCUACCAGUAAGGCUCUUCCUGCUCCAGCAGACAAAAGUUCUGAGCUUGCUACAGCUGACAGCACUGCACAGACAGCAGUAGCUACUCCAGUGACCAAUGAUGCAGUAGCUCCUGCAGUAAACUCAGUGCCCAAAGCUGAAAUCAAGGAAGAAUCACUUCCUGUGCCACCAAGGCCACUUUCACCAUACCCAUAUUAUCCAGAUUUCAAGCCUCCAACAUCUCCUACCCCAUCACAGCCCUAGAACUCCACUUCUUUUAAUCUUGAACAGAAUUCCAUAGAAGGCAAAUCAAUUGUCCAGCAUGUAUGAAGAGGUGAACAAUAAAUACUACAGUCUAUAAUCCUAUCAGAAAGUCAUGCAUCUUGAUUUGCAGAUAAGAUCCAUGACAUAAGUUGCAUAAUUUUUUUUCAGUCUGUUAUGAUUAUCCUUCCACUUGUGCUACUUGGUACACUUCUUUUGUAGUUGAUGGAUGUGUUGUAGAGAUAGCUGCCAAAGUAAACAUUGUAGUGUUUUAAGAUUUAGUAUAUAACAUUCAAUCCUUCACUUCUGGUCCAAGCAAAUAAGAUUUCAUGUUUUCAA